AUGCACCAAAAAAGAUCAUCGAUACAUCCAUCAAUUAGCAGAGGAUCGCAGAAGCAAUCCACUCCAAUUUCCACAAUACUCCCUGCCAAAGCGCUUGAGCUGCAUGGAUUGGAGCAAGUGAAGGAGGCGAGUGGUGAGCUGCUAGAACGCGUGGAAGGACUCGCAGAUGAAGCGCAUAAGCUUGCACAAGGUGGAGAAGCAGUGGGGAAAGUAUUGGGGGUUUGGGAGGAGUUAUUCAGUGUUAUUCGAUUGAUGGGAUCUGUAAGCGGUAAUCAGCAGGGGACAGAGACAGCGACAGCGACAACGACAGCAACAACGACAGCGACAAGGGAUGGUGAUGGAUACGCCGAUCAAAACACAGACACAGAAACACAGAAGCCAAUUGAGAAAUUAGUUACAAUAAUAUUCCCACCCGCUGCUGUUGGUUUCAUUUCUGGCUGCUCAUGCGAUUUGCUUAUAAAUAUCGGUCUAUGCCUCCUUGGCUACCUUCCUGGCCAUAUUCACGCUUUCUGGCUCAUCUACAAGCGUAUGGCCGCAGAAGAGCAAUACGGUUACAAAGGCUUUAAAUAUCUUGGGAAUGGAAAGUAUGAGAGCGUUGAAUAUAUAUCUCAACAACCACAACAUCCUCCACCUGCUUACGGUGCAACUGAGAAUGCUUAA